ACAGAUUGGUUCAUUCUCUGAGAAGGCGAAAGAAAUGUGACCCAGCUUGGAUUCAGUCUGUCUUUCACUUUGAUUGUGAACAUAAAGGAAUGGAUCUAGUGAGAUGAAAAGAAUUGCCGGAUAAAUCCAAACAUGGCAGUUGUACAUGUUUUUAUUCUGUUUUAUGUUGCACUCGGGUUGUUACACCAAGGUUUGGGUUUAUUAUCAGACUACAAAGUAUGUGGAGACCCUGAGUGUGCAAGCAUGAUGAGUCGUGUGCAGGCCCAGAGAGACCAUAUUGCUCAAGACUGCCGGUUUCUGAACUUUAGAAAAGGGGAUAUGAUAACAGUUUAUUACAAACUCGCUGGAAAAAGAAGUGAUCUUUGGGCUGGAAGUAUAGACAAACUGUUUGGAUUGUUCCAAAAAGAUGCCGUCAAAGUUGAUGAAAGUUUUAUUGAUGAGAAAAAAGAAAUCCAGGUGCCCACCCAGGAAUAUGACUUCUUUUGCUUUGACGAAAAUGGGUCAGUCAUUGAAAGCAACAUUGAGUUUGGUGAUCUGAAAGAUGAGACUCAGGAUGCAGAAAUCCCAAAAGCUAACGAUGAAUUUAUUAAUACAGAAAACAGUGACCCUGCCCAGAUUUCUGUUCAAGAUGUCACUGAACAAAACAACCCCGCGUCAACAGAACAAGGUGGGUCUUCCUGGAUAAACUCUGCUGUUAGUGGACUGUUUGGCAGGGAUGAACAAAGCAACCACAUGAAUGAACCGCAAGAUGAGGGCAGUGACCAAGUAUCCUUCAACAGCAGAAAGAUAGCAAUGAAUAUUGAGGAGGACCACGUAGAUGAGAAGACAAACCCUGGAACGUUAAGUUGGAUUGGGGGUAAACUGACCAAUGGCUUUGGAUUUAAGGAUACCAAACUUGAUACUAACAUUGAGGACCCAAAAGAAGAUAAGAAACCUUCAUUUGAGCAGUCACGCUCCUGGCUGAGUAGGGGUAUAAAUGUUUUGGGCUUUGGCAAGGACAACACUCCAGAUGCAAACAAACCUGAAACUGAUACCAUAGACGAAAACAAAGACGUGGAGGACCAGAGCAUUUCUAACCCAGAUCAACCCUCGGAUUUGGAUGAGAACAUACAUAAUGAUGAAAAUAACCCAGAGAACAGUGACCACAGUAAGGAGAUCAAAGUUGGUACCAUGGAGAAGGAACAGACAGGGUGGUAUGGAACCAUCUACAAUGGAAUCGCAGACAUUUACAAUAAAGAGCGAUCUGAAAGUGAUGAGGAUGAUAAAGAUGAAGAAAGUCCUGAUUUGGCUCCAAACAAAGACUCUGAAUCAAGCUCACAGUCCAUAUUUUCAGUCAAUGGGUUGUCGUCUGUACUUGAUAACGUUAAGUUUCCCUUUAAGUCAGAAAAGAGUGACGUGGAAGGAGAUAAUGAACCUACAACAAUAGAAGAAGAUACAGGUAAGAAAGAAUUAGAUGAGCAACAGAACUCAACCAUAAUAGAUGCUGAUGUGAUUAGUGAAACUCAGACAGAGACUGAUGAAACAUUGACUUUAAAAGACAGUGCAGUAUCUGAUGUUAUUGUAAAAGUAGAUGAUUCAUCUCAAGAAUCUAGUAACCAAAAUGAUGAAGCACCGGAGAGCACAGCUUCAAAAAUCCCAGAAAUAAAGCCCGCAGGUAAUGUAAUUCAAAGUGAAAACAAUGCUGACAUUUUAGAUAAAGAGAGACAUCAAAGUGAGCAAACACAGACAGAGGAAAAGGUAGAUUCAGGUAAGAAAGACUUCUAUGAACAAAACAUAACCCUAAUGGGUUUAAAUCAUGAAACACAAGAACGGCCUCAUGAAGACAUUAAAAUUACAUUAAUUACAUUAAAAGACACAGAUGACAGAGAAAUAAAUGAUGACGGAGACUCCUCUCAAGAAUUUAACAUCCAACAUGAUGAUACACAAGAGAGCGAAGAUUUAAAAGUCUCUGAAAUUAAGUCAGACGAUCAUUUAACUGAAGAUGUCAUUCCAAGCGAAAAAACUAAUUCAAAUGGUGACGUUUUAGAGGAGUUGAACCAAAGUCUGUCUGAUCAAGAAAAUGCUUCAGACACUUUAAAGCAGAAUGAAAAUAACACUUCCAUUAGCACAAACCCUGACCCAGAUGAUAUUCACACAUCUGAACCACCAGUCCUUCAGACAGGAAAUGAAUUAGAUGAUAAUGAAAAACAACAGUCAGACGCUGACUCCAACAGUGAGACUAUCACAACAAUUCAAAGCAAAACUUCAGAGUCUGAAACGAAUGUGGACAUCUUAGCGGAGCAUAACGAUGAUCAAAUUUUAGCUGACAAGGACACAGACACAAAUUUAAAGAAAGAUAGUUUAGGCAUACGUGAUGUUACAGAAGUAAAUGAGAUGCCAUCCAUUGUGGACAAUUUAGCAGAACAUAACGAUGAUCAAAUUGCAGCUGACAAGGACACAGGCACAAAGAUAAAGGAAGAUAGUUUAGGCAUACGUGAUGUUACAGAAGUAAAUGAGAUGUCAUCAAAUGAUGCAUCUGAAGAUAUCAUGAAGAAUGAGGAAAUGCUUGAAACAGCAACAGUAAGCAUUGAAAAUAAAUGCAUGAUUUCUCCCGAUGAAGAUGAAAAUGGAUAUUCCCUUGUUCACAACACCACCAAAACAGAUGCAUUGGAUGAAACAAGUGAGGAAAAUAUACACUCAGACCUUUCAGAUCUAUCAAUUGUAGAUCAAAAGACGGAAAACACAAGUGGUCCUCAAGAUGGAUUAUUUGAGGGAGAUAAGACUGAUGUUAGUAUUAGUGAUGCUAUAUCAACAGUGGAAAGCCAAACAAAUUCAGAAGUUGGACGUUCAGAUGAGGUCAUGGAAGAGCAAAAGGAACCCAGUACCCAUCUUGAAACAAAAGAAUUAAACACAAAUGUGUCCUCCAAAACUGAGUCUGAACUUGAUACAUUCAUGCAAAAUGACACACAAAUGCAAAAUGAACAGGAAGCAUCUUUAAAAUGUGGGCUUGAUGAAGAAAAUCCUCAUGGUGAUUCGAAUACUGUUGAUCAUCUAAAAAAUAAAGCUAACACAGAGGAUCCCGAUGACCAUAUUUCUUCUAGCGAAACAAAAUUAACUAUCAACGUAUUUGCAGAAAAUGACCCAAAGUCAAUUCAGAGCACUGGACAGAAAGAAAAUACUGCUAUAGAGACUGAUAAUAAGGAUCAUCACACCAUAGUUGAAAGUGCCAUCCAAGAUCAAGCUCAUGAUGAUAUGACGGAGUCAAAAGGUGGUGAGGAAUUACCUGAACGUUCUCACGCUCUGGACAAAGACACUUUGGUUUCUUUUGCAGAGAUUAAACUGGCACAAAAUCCCUCUAAAGCAUUUCCUAACCUAUAUUCUCAUCUGAGCGAACAAAAUAUUAAAGAUCUUUUAGAUAUAGUCGGAGACCCCAAGUUAUCAUGGCUGGAUUCCAGAAUGGGAAACGCUUCAAACCCUGAUGCAGAUGAUCUUGCUGAACUCAAUGAUAUUGAACAGCUAUUGGAAUACCAUAUAAAGACAAAAAACAUUCCAAAAAAUGAUGGUUUUCCUGACCAGGAUAACACGUAUGAAUAUCCAGCAUUACAAAAAUUGUCUAUCCUCUUAUAUACACUAAGAGAGAAAUAUACUUCAGGGGAAACAAAAGUGAAAGUAGGCCUAGAUGAAAGCCCAGGGAUCAAUCAAGAGGAGUGUUCCCAUGGAGCCUGUCUAAAUGAGAAUACACUAAUCGUCAAUCAAGAGACUGAAAAUAAUCAAAUUACUGAAGAUAGAUCUCAUAUCAAUGACUUUAGCCAUCUCACAGAAGCGCCCGUGUCUGAGGAGAAAAACCUUUCGAAAAAAACAAAUGAUGAGGAUCAAACGGUAGAAGAUUUAAAGACUAUUAAUGAGGAAACAAGAAAGCAUGAAGAUUGGACCAAGGUUGAAACGAAGAAAACUAAUUCCCAGUUAAACCAUGGUAUUGACUCUGAGGCGCACAUUAAACCUAAAGAAUUAAUACAGAAUGGCGCUGAGCAAUUUUAUCAGCUGGCUGUUUUUGUUGGUGAAGUCACAAUUAAUGAACUUUCAUCUCUAGUACGCAAGGUUGUAUCAUCACUUCCUGAUGACAUCCGGCCUGGUCCUGACUUAUAUGGACUUCCAUGGGAAGCUGUGGUUUUCACUGGCUUUUUUGGUUUAUGCACACUGCUUUUAUUCAGCUGCAGGUUUAUUCAUUCUAUCAAAAGCAGACUUUAUGCAAGUAAAGAGAAACAAAUGGCACAGAAAGUUGCAGAACUGUUGGAUGAAAAGUGCAAAGUGCUGGAGACGUUCAGUGAGGUCAAACAAAAGUAUGAGAAACUGGAAUCCACACUUCAGAACAGCGGCAUAUAUGCUCGAUCUGGAGAAAAGGGAGAUUUAGAGGUGGCAUCACAAAAGCUCGAGCAGUCAAAUGGCCAAAUGAAAAAAGAAAUUGAACGGCUAGAAGAGGAACUGUCCCAACAAAACAAAGCAAGAAAACAGCAAGAAGAUCAGCUUGCUGAGCUCGAGCAGAUUUUAAGGAAUUUGGAAGAAGAAGCCAAAGAAAGAAAGUCUCAGCUAGAACAGGACAACACGACUCUCAAGAUUUAUGCGAUCAACACAGAGCGACUGCAGAAGAACCUGCAGGCAGCCAAAGAGGAGCAGGCUAUGCUGCUGGAGAGUAAAGGCCAGUUGGUUCAGGAGGCAGAAGGCUGGACCGAACGUCUCGUUGAGUUAGAGGAGGAGAUGAAGCUGUGUGAAAGUUCUCACGCUGGCAUGAUGGAUGACUGUGCUAACAAAGACGAACGUAUCAAGUCUCUGACAGAAUGCCUUUUGAAGAUGAGAGACUGGGAUUCUGAAGACGAGACCAGCAGUAACAAUACAGCCGCAACUGAAAAUGGAGACAGUUCAGAUUUCCAUCAAAAGCAAAAAGUACAGAAACUUAUUGAAGCGGCCAAGAUAAGUGCAGAUUUAAAGUCCAUGGAGGAAGAAAAGAACCGAGUGUUCGCCAAACUCACAGAUGAGAUUAAAGCCAAAGAAGAUCUCCAAGAGGGCAUCACAGAACUGGAGGAAAAUAAGGAGGUGUUAAAGUCAGAGAGUGCCAAAUUCUCCAGCGAAAGCCAGAAACUCCAGCAGAAACUACAGAUCAUGACUGAGAUGUACCAGGAGAACGAACUUAAACUUCACAGAAUGUUGACGGUGGAGGAGAAGGAACGCUUACACAAAGAAGAGAAGCUCAACAAAGCAGACAAAAAGAUCAAUCUCGCCGCCGAGGAGCUCAUCACGUACAGGCAAAGAGCCAAAGACCUGGAGGAUGAGCUGGAAAGGACUUCACAGGCUUACAAGAACCAAAUUGCUUCACAAGAGAAAAAGGCUCAUGAUAACUGGCUGGCUGCAAGAGCUGCGGAUAGAGAUCUAACAGAUGUCAAGAGAGAAAAUUCCAGUCUCCGUCAGAGGCUUACUGAUUCUCAAUUCAAGUUGGAGAUUCUUGAAAAGGAUCCAUAUGUACGAGAGGGCAGACCUAUAUUCAGAGGUGAGAGAUCUCCUUAUGGGCCCUCUCCCCAUGGUCGUCCAUCCUCAGAAACCCGGCCGUUUCUCUCCCCACCGACACUAAUGGAUGGCCCACCUCGACUUUCACCUCAGUUUGGUAGAGUGUCUCGUGGCGUGAUAGAGCCCCCUAGUGGUGGGCCAGACUUUGAGCGGAGUGGCCCUCACUCUGAUAGCGGCUCACUGUCUCCCUCCUGGGACAGGGAACGCAGGGGCCCUCCUGGCCCGCCAGGUCACCAGCUCCCAGAUCCAGGUUUGCCUUUUAGGAGGCCUCCUCCAGGGCCGUACGCUAUGGGCCCUUUGCCUCCUAGACCACCAAUUCAUCCUGAGCCGUACUUUGGUGACAAAUCAGAUUCAUCAUUUCUAAGAAACAGCUCAGGUGUUAGUGAGAAUGAAAACAGAGAGGGUCCUCAAUCUAUGCCUGGUGACAUGAGAAUGCCCCCUGAUCCAGAUUCAAGAAUGGGACCUCUUCCUGGUCCCCCGUUAAUGGGAAUGCCUCCACUGAUAGACCCCAGAGAUCGCUUCCCACUUAGGGGCCCUUACGGACCCCCAGAGUUUUUUGCACCACGUGGACCAGGUGGUCUCCCUAUGAACAUGCGAGGGCCCCUUCCACCUGGAGUGUUUCCCAGAGGUCCAAUGCCACUCCCUCAACAUAUGGGUUAUCUUCCACCAAGACCCCUAUCUGAUAAUUUCCCCCCUGGACCGCCUCCUAGACCUUCUCCACCAGGAAGCGAGCAACCCCCCGAACAGUCGCAUUCACCUCACAAUGCCAUUUGAUCUCAGUGUCACUUUCUGUUCCUCUCCAUCAUAAUGUUUGCAACAUCCUGUUGUUGUGCUCAGGCGUGUUUCCUCCGAUAUAUAACCACAGUAGCUAUGUGGUUAUUUUUUGUCUGAGAUAAACUUAUUUAAAAGUGUAAAGCCUGAUAAAUGAGAUCUCAGAUCUCUGUAUUUCAGGUACAGCGUGAGUGUGUGUGACAUUAUGUGAACCUGUAGGUACAAUUUGAAAAGUCAAUUGGACUGCUUUUAAACACGAUUAUAGAUGCUAAGGAUUGCAAUGUUUUUUAAGUAAAGGUAGCUGAUGAAAGGUCCACAUAUUUGUCAACCUGUACAUAUAGAAAUUGUAACAAGUAUAUAUUGUGAAUAGGAAGCUGUUGUUUUAAAGCACCAUUGGUGACUUACUUGACAACACAAAAGUUCAGAGAACCGUCCAUGUAGUUAAUGGUAUUUAUAGUUUCCUUUAACCAUUUAUGCCUUAAAAGUGAUUGGAUAAAAUAAAUGUGUACAUUAAAGAUGUCAUUGAAUAAAAAAUACUU